AUGUGCCACUGCUCCGAGCCGACACAAUGCCACCACCAGGUCCUGCUCCCGCCAACCAAGGCCUGCCCCGCGCUGGGUGACCGCCCGAGGCCGGCGCCGCGCGGCGGCGACGGCGGCACGGCCAUCGAGGUCAUCGCGUCCAUCCUGCGCCUCGCCGUGCCGAUGGUCGGCGCGGGUCUGCUCAUGUACAUGCGCUCCCUCGUCUCCAUGCUCUUCCUCGGCAGGCUCGGCCGCCUGCCCCUCGCCGGAGGCUCCCUCGCGCUCGGCUUCGCCAACAUCACCGGCUACUCCGUGCUCUCCGGACUCGCCGCCGGGAUGGACCCCGUGUGCGGCCAGGCGUUCGGCGCCGGCCGCACGUCCGUCCUCACCGCCGCGCUCCGCCGCACGGUCGUCCUGCUCCUGGCCGCUUCCGUGCCCAUCAGCCUGCUCUGGCUCGCCAUGCACCGCGUGCUCGUCGCCACCGGCCAGGACCCCGACAUUGCGGCCGCCGCGUACGACUUCAUCCUGUGCUCGCUGCCCGACCUCGUCGUGCAGUCCUUCCUCCACCCGCUGCGCGUGUACCUCCGCGCGCAGUCCGUCACGCUCCCGCUCACGUACGCCGCCGCCGCGGCGCUCCUGCUCCACGUCCCCGUCAACUGCCUCCUCGUGCAAAGCCUCCGGCUAGGGAUACGCGGCGUCGCGCUCGGCGCCGUCUGCACCAACCUCAACUUCCUGCUGUUCCUUGUGGCUUACGUCUACCUUACUGGACUAAUGAAUGGCGAUGACGGCGGAAAUGGCAAGGCCAACGCGCUGUGCGCGACGCCGCUGCCGGCGGCGGCGGCUGAGGACGACGCGGUCGAGUGGGGGUGCCUGCUGAGGCUGUCCCUGCACAGCUGCAUGUCGGUGUGCUCGGAGUGGUGGUGGUACGAGAUCAUGGUGCUGCUCUGCGGCCUGCUCGCCGACCCCAAGGCGGCGGUGGCCGCGAUGGGGAUCAUGAUACAGACCACGUCGCUGCUCUACAUCUUCCCGCACUCCCUCAGCUGCGCCGUGUCCACGCGCGUCGGGCACGAGCUCGGCGCGGGGCGGCCGGAGCGCGCGCGCCUCGUGGCCUGCGUCGGCCUCUGCUGCGGCGCCGCGCUCGGGCUCCUGGCGUGCGCCUUCGCGGCGUCCGUGAGAGGGGUGUGGGCGCGGAUGUUCACCACCGACGCCGCCAUCCUUCGGCUAGCGUCCGCGGCGCUGCCCAUACUCGGCGCGGCCGAGCUGGGAAACUGCCCGCAGACGGCCGGCUGCGGCGUGCUGCGCGGCAGCGCGCGGCCCGGAAAGGCGGCGAGGAUCAACGUCUCCGCCUUCUACGGCGUCGGCAUGCCGGCGGCGCUCGUGCUGGCGUUCUGGCCCGCGCGGCUCGACUUCGCCGGCAUGUGGGUCGGCAUGCUCGCCGCGCAGCUGGUGUGCGCGGCGCUGAUGCUGCACGUGGUGCUGCGCACGGACUGGGCCGAGCAGGCCGUCCGCGCGAGCGUGCUAACCGGCGGCCGCGGCGUCAUAGUCGUCGCCGAUGUCAAAAGCGGGCAUGCAGACGCUGCCAAAGUAAAGAUGGACAACGGCAUGCUCGUCGUGACUGUGCUAAUUUGA